CCGAGUCAGAGGAUCGACACCGCGGGCAGGCUCACCUGAACGUCUCGAGGAUAGAGCCAGGUAGCUUCCCAACCCCUGGUGCCAGAAUCUUCGACGGCGAGGAAAACACGCGGGAAGAAGAGGAAUGGUCCCUUGGGCCUUUGGCGUGCCUCUCGUCCUUGUUUCUGCUCUGGGUCUUCUGUUCAACGGUUACGUUCUCCUCGUGGUCCUUGGGCUGGGCAAGCAGACGCAGCAGCAACAAACAGCCAAUACUUUGUUGUUGACACACUUGGGCGCGGUGGAGGCGGCUGUCUGCCUGAUAUUACUGAUCUUCGCCACUGGUUCCUGGCCCAUCGCCGGCACCUGGUGCGUGCUACACGGUUUCCUCUUGGCCCUCUUACACCCAGUCGCCCUCUGGACCGUAACUGGACUAAACUGCGACAGGUAUUACGCGAUAGCCGCGCCUUUGCACUACGCUGCAUUGGUCUCGCCACGACGGGUUGCAGUCGGUCUGGCUGCAUCUUGGACAGGGGCGCUGCUUUUGUGCUUGCUGCCUUUCUGCGGUCUGGUCCCACCUUACAGAUACAGUCCGGGUCUGGGCUGCUGCGCCCCGGAUUUUGGUAACUCCUCCUGGGGCCUCGCAGCGGUACUUUACGGAGCAGUGUACGCGAUUCUGGGUCUGGCACUGCCUGCAGUCCUCGUCACCGUCUGCAAUUUGCGUGUACUCGGCAUAGCGCGUUAUCACCGACACCGCAUCGCCAGCGCAAUUUACGAAGUCACCUUGAGCGCCCAGGUGACCAUCACCCACCAGCGGAAUCCGUUUUUCGUCCCAACUGUCACGGCACCCUCUGCAGUCAGCCCACCCCGUUUUCACAGCGCGGCCAGCACGGUAAUGCAACUGGUCGGUUCCCUGUACCUGCUUUAUUUCCCGUAUUGCGGCCUGAUCCUUUGGGAGGUUUGCGGCGUCGGCAAUCAACCUCACCUCCACGAUCACCCGAAGCUGGCUUCGUUGGCCUCCCUUCUACUCGCUUGUUCUCCACCUAUCAACGGGCUCCUCUACGGCUUAAAAUCACAGACUCUUAGACGAUCUGUGCAGAACUACUGGCGGAAAAAGGCGACCAAGUCGGAGCUGCAGCAAGAGAUCCAGGCAAGGACACCGAGUGCGGCAGGAUCGAGAAGGCCGUCCGUGAGUGGAACAGGUUCUUUCUUCCCGUUUCCACCGUUGCAACGAAGGCUCAGCGAGGCGUUGCUGGCGCUGGGUUCCUGCAGAGCUGGGAACAGCUUCGAGACCAACAAUCUCGGAUUUCAUCGAACCAGGCUGCAGCCUGCUGCCUCGUGCAACACGCUUCGAGUGCCAACUUCCGAAUCAGGCGAAGGUAGCAAACUGGUCAGACCUAGUGCGAGCGCGGUCAGCUUGAUGGGUCCCCAUUAUCGAAGCGAUUUCAUCGGAGCGGACGCGGCCACUGGAUGCUCUAUAGCGAUGAACGAAACCCCGAGAAGGAGUCCAAGGAUCCUCAUUACCCGAGCAUGCAGCGAGGACAGCCAGGACGGAGGAAGUCCACUGUUGAGGAAGCCCUUCCUCUCGAAUGCUCUUCCGUGCGAUAAACGGAGAUGGCGACAUUGUAGCACCGGAAGCGACAGCAGCACGGGCAGCAGCGAAGCGAGCGUGUGGACGACGGGAGUCGCGCAGAAACUGGCCAAAGGCAAUGUAAAAAAUACAUCCGACAUUUGGCCGUCGUCGCGAAGGUUCGCGAGGGGGAAGAAUUCGGAGGAGGGGGCAUUUUUGGUCGGCAUCAGACCGAGCAAUAACAGCCAAAGCAGCGAUACCACGGAUACGACUGCUACGACCACCACCACGACUAUGCCAACAAACACAACCAUGAUGGAGAACGGAGGCUACCGUGAUAAGAGCAAGGAGGAGCCAGACGGCAACAAGAGGGACAGAGAUCGCAGCGAGAGCGACAACAGCUGGAGCAGCGUCGACGACAUCGACUCCAAGGAAAUGGCAGAAAAAAGUAUGGAGGAGGACAAUCUCGAGAAGAUCGAGGAGGAAACGGACGAACAAAAGUGCAAGCAAUUAAGGCGGAAAUCGAGAACGAUUCGCAAGCCGGACGUUCCUCAGGAUUGCAAAGAGGCGGCGCAGCGCAGGCCUCUUCUCGCCUCGUCCUCUUAAGCUCGAUUCGAACGUACCUUGCUCGCUCUAAUUUUUUCCAAUUGUUUCUUUUUUUUUUUUUUAUCGUUCAUCCAAUCGAGGCAAUAGACGUCCACGUGCUCGUUCGAACCAACCGCGAAUGAUAAUCACUCGUGACGAUUUCGCGAAGCACUCCCCCGAUCGAGCGUCACGGUUCACGAUGGAGCGUGUUAUUUUUUUAAGAAACGUCGCGACUCGAGGCUGACCCCCUUAUGCUCGAUAUCACUCGCAAUAUAUCGACAUAUCCUGAAAUUAUAUUUUUAUACUUCCUACUCGACGAAGAGAGCAGCGUAAAUGACAAAACCGCGACUAGAGACGCGCUCGCGAGCAGACUCGCAAGCCCCUUAGGGCGUGGAGGCUGAUUAAACGCGGCCAGUGUAAUCUCGACGAAAAACUUGUCCCAGGCAACUCCGUGGAAAGUUGAUCGCCCAAUCAUCCUUGUACAAGCGGCGACAACUACCCAGGAAAGUUUCGCGCCGGCUCGUUGUAAUAAUUUUCCUCGCUGCUACGCCGACGAUACUCGUCGACGGAACUUGGUCGAGGAAAACUCGCGAGGUGAAAAAUGGCACGACGAAGUAACGAACGCCCGAGAAAGUUCUUUCGACAGCAGAGGUGUUUACGAAUCUACGGGAUCCGAUCAGUGGACCAGGGGUCGGCAACCUCCUCGAAGGAGGAGACAAGAUUCCUCGUACAAUGUUUGUUGUUAGGACCUCGAAGCAUUGAUAGGAAAUUAGGUUUUCGUCAUUUUCAGAAUAACGUAAGCUAAAUCGUCACUGGUUCUCUCCGAUUAUAAACUGAAGAAUCUAGAUCGACUCACUACGAUAUGCACUUAUUUAGUAAAUAAUCGGAAGAUCUACGAUCAGGUUGCUGACCACUUUCAGAGAUCACUCGACGAAUCCUAAACGUUUUAAACCGCGGUUCCACGAAUCGUUUGGGUACGAAUUUCUAACAAUUAUCGUUCUCGUCCCUUUGCAAAACGAUGUACGAUAAUAUCUCCUACCGUUUCUUGAUGUUCCUAACAAAGUAAAAGAGAGAAAUUUGAUGUUCGUCUUCGGUUCUAAGUCCGAUUAACCGUGCAAUAAGUAUUUAACACAGAUGCAAUCGUUUGUCUAUAAUGUAUAGCUCGAUAAAGUAGUCAUAUAUAUUUUUUUAAGAAAGAGAUUAAUUUAUUUUAGUUUAAUCUAAAUUAAUUUGUGUAUCUAUUGUAAAUAAAUUUUAUUUAUGUAUAUACCGUAACGCUUUUUGUUUUCUGUGAUAUUUUUAUCGAUUCAAGAAUAAAACGCGCGUACUUGCUCUCACAAGGAAGAAGUUCAAAGUUUGUUUUUCUGGAUUCUAUAUCUCUGUUCGUGCAACGCUAAUACAAUGAACAUGUAAAAUACGAUACUCGACGAACAAAAACAAUUGACAAUCAUAAUCAUAAUACUUGUAUGUCCGACGCACAUGAUUGUUGAUUAUUAUUUCGGAAAGUAUACGUGUAUAAACUGUAUGCACUGUAUACGAGCGUUAUUGUCAAAUUUCUGUCUUCUGCGAGGAAUAAAAACCACGUUUCGACGUUAAUUUCAUUGAAAAACACCGACAGACGUCUCGGUUCUUCGAGGAAUGAAAAUUCGCAUAGUCACGCGUCGAAAUAGGAAUAGAAAAUUAGACGAUUCAUCGUUCGUUGAGGAAAUUUCGCGAUCGACCUGCAGUUGGAUUAACGCGCGCGGUCGCUGAUCCAUGUAAUUGAUAACAAACGAUGGAAGCAUUGAAGCGAUCACGCGGACGACUAAUAAACGUUAACGAAGAGCGGCGUAUCAUCGUGCGAACUCUUUUUACUAGCGAAGUUUGUACAGCUGUUUGUGAAUUGUGAUCGACUACUGUGUUUGCACCGACACGGUGAUAAUAUGCAAUUUAGGUGUAGGAAGAAUCACCCAAAGUUAACCGACGUUAAUCCUGGUGGUUACUGGAAUUGAUGUUUCAAAGAUUUUGUAGAACGCGAGAUUGUGUGCGCGAGCAUCUGUAUGCGUGCGUCUGUGUACUCCCGUGGCGAUUAGGCACGUACAAGCCAAAACGUUUUAGUUCCUGACAACACGUGAAGUACCAACCAUGUUCAUUUUCAUCCCUUUGAUAGAAUAUCGCGGGUAAAACUAGAGGAGAUACUUUAGAGUCAAAAUUGGUCUAAAUUAGAA